AUGGCUUCCAGUAAUCUCACCGCUGCCGAGUCGCAAUGGCGAGAGCAAUAUGCCGCCAUGCGAGCGGCCCUCGCUGACCUCAAACUCCCACCUCAAGACGGCACGAUUGAUUCUGAUCUGGACGCCUCUGAUUUCGGGAGCUACUCCUCUGGCGCCGGAGGACAGGAUGUGUGGGAUUUCAUCAGCGACGAGGAUGACGACGAGGAGGACAGCAGCGACUUUGUCGAGGAAGGUUAUGGCACCAGCGAUAAUGUCGCCACUAGAGGACACGGAGCUGAAUGGUUCAUGACGAGGUGCUCAGAGAUCUCUGCCAAGAACGGCCUCUCUGCCGAUGUGUUUCAGAGCCAGAUCUCAGCCGUCCUGUCAUCGGGUGCGUCCGAGGACGAGCUGCAGAUCCAGCUGACGGACCUGGUGGGUUUCGACGACCUCGACUUCAUCAUCGAGGUGCUGGGCCACAAGGACGACAUCCUCUCCUCGCUGGCUGCCCAGGGCGACCUGGAGGGUGGCGGCGGCUCAGUGUCAGGCUCGGGUGGACGCAACCUGAUGACGAGAUCUCAGCGUGAAGAUGCCCUGAGGCGACGGGACCACGAGCACAAGUCGGCCGCCCUCGGCCCCAGCCAGACGCGCGAGGUCCAGUAUCCUCACGUCUACAAGGCUUACCAUGCCGGGAACACAAUCAGCCAUUCUGGGAAGAAAUAUGGCCUGCCUGCUGGGAGUGAGAGGAAGCAGCAUGACAAGUACGAGGAGUACUCUGUCCCGGCCGGCCGCAAGGGAACCUUGGCUCCCGGUCAGAAGCUGGUGGAUAUUGCCGAUCUGGAUGGGCUGUGCCGUAACACAUUCAAGGGGUACAAGUCUCUCAACCGCAUGCAGAGCCUCGUGUAUCCCGUUGCCUACAAGACGAGCGAGAAUAUGCUCAUCUGUGCUCCAACUGGUGCUGGUAAAACGGAUGCUGCCAUGCUUACGAUUUUACAAACCGUCGCACACAAUGUUGUGCCGAAUCCUCUGGAGCACCCCGAAGCCACCGAGUAUGCUGUCAACAUAGACGACUUCAAGAUUGUCUACGUCGCACCCAUGAAGGCCCUCGCUGCCGAAAUCACCGAGAAGCUUGGAAAACGACUGGCCUGGCUCGGUAUCAAGGCCCGUGAGUACACCGGUGAUAUGCAGCUGACCAAGUCGGAGAUUAUCCAGACCCAGAUCAUCGUCACGACACCCGAGAAGUGGGACGUCGUGACGAGAAAGGGCACCGGCGACACGGAGCUUGUGCAGAAAGUCAGGCUUCUCAUCAUUGAUGAGGUUCACAUGCUGCACGACGAACGAGGAGCCGUGCUCGAAUCCCUGGUCGCGAGAACCGAGAGGCAGGUUGAGAGCACGCAGUCCCUCAUCCGAAUCGUUGGACUGAGUGCCACCCUGCCCAACUAUGUCGAUGUCGCAGACUUCCUCAAAGUCAACAAGUAUGCCGGGCUGUUCUACUUUGACUCGUCCUUUAGGCCCGUGCCCCUGGAGCAGCACUUUAUCGGCGUCAAGGGAAAGCCCGGAAAGAAGGAAUCCAAGGACAACCUGGACAACGUUGCGUUUGAGAAGGUCAAGGAGAUGCUCCAGAGAGACCACCAGGUCAUGGUGUUCGUGCAUUCGCGAAGGGACACCAUGCUCACCGCCAAGAUGCUCCAUGCUAAGGCCAUGGAGGAUGCCUGUACUGACCUGUUCGACCCCUUCGGACACCCCGGCUACGAGCAAGCUGUCCGGGACAUGAAGACAUCGAGGUCCAAGGAGAUACGAGAGCUUCUGCAAAAGGGUCUGGGUAUCCACCAUGCGGGCAUGGCCAGGGCCGACAGAAACCUCAUGGAACGCCUGUUCGCGGAAGGUGUGACGAGGGUUCUCUGCUGUACCGCCACGCUGGCCUGGGGUGUCAAUCUGCCCGCUGCCGCCGUCGUCAUCAAGGGAACGCAGGUCUACAGCGCUCAGGAGGGUAAGUUUGUCGACCUCGGCAUCCUCGACGUACUGCAGAUCUUCGGUCGUGCGGGCCGACCCCAGUUCGAGGACGUCGGUAUCGGCAUGAUCUGCACCACCCAGGACAAGCUCACGCACUACCUCACGGCUAUCACGGAGCAGCAGCCUAUCGAGUCAAAGUUCUCUACUAAGCUGGUGGAUAACCUCAACGCUGAGAUUGCACUGGGCACUGUCACGUCUAUAGCCGAUGCCGUCACCUGGAUAGGCUACUCCUACCUCUUUGUGCGCAUGAAGAAGAGCCCUCUGACCUACGGUAUCGAGUGGUCGGAGAUCCGCGACGACCCUUCCCUCGUCCAGAGGCGUCGCCAGCUGGCGAUCCAGGCUGCGCGGACGCUGCAGCAGUGCCAGAUGAUCAUCUUCAAUGAGAGGACGGAAGAGCUGCGCAGCAAGGACAUUGGUCGGAUUGCCAGCCAGUUCUAUAUCCUCCACACCAGCAUACAGGUUUUCAACAGCAUGAUGAAGGCCCAGGCCACCGAGGCCGACAUCCUCAAGAUGAUCAGCAUGAGCGGAGAAUUUGACAAUGUCCAAUCUAGGGACAGCGAAGCCAAUGAGCUGAUGCACCUCAAGAACGAUGUGGUCCCAUGUGACGUCGAGAGCAGCAUCGACACGCCCCAAGCCAAGACCAACAUACUUCUCCAGUCUUACAUCUCGAGGGAGCUGCUCGAGGACUUUGCACUGACAAACGACAUGAACUACGUGGCCCAACAGUCUGGCCGAAUCUGCCGCGCGCUCUUCAUGCUUGCGCUCAACCGGCGAUGGGGCCACCAGUGCUUGGUUCUCCUGACGCUGGCCAAGUCGAUCGAGAAGAGGAUCUGGCCCUUCCAGCACCCGCUUCACCAGUUCGACCUGACCAAGCCUGUCCUCCACCAGCUCGACACCAAGGAGCAUCUCACCAUUGAGACGAUGAAGGAGAUGGACCCUGCCGAGAUCGGGGCACUGGUGAACAACCAGAAUGCCGGCAAGAACAUUGCCAGGAUUCUCAAGCACUUCCCCACGGUUCAUGUCGAGGCCGAGAUCGCACCCCUCAACAGGGACGUCCUGCGCAUCAAACUCUUCGUGAUCCCCGACUUCGUCUGGAAGGACUUCUUCCAUGGCACCUCGGAGUCGUUCUACAUCUGGGUCGAAAAUUCAGAGACGUCGGAGAUCUACCACCACGAAUAUUUUAUCCUUAACAGGAGGAAGCUUCACGACGAUCACGAGCUCAACUUCACCAUCCCGCUCUCGGACCCCCUGCCGAAGCAGAUCUACGUCCGCGCCGUUUCGGACCGCUGGCUGGGCGCCGAGACUGUGACGCCGGUGUCGUUUCAGCACCUGAUCCGACCCGACACGGAGAGCGUCUACACGGAGCUGCUCAACCUCCAGCCGCUGCCCAUCUCGGCCCUGAAGAACCCGGGGCUCGAGGAGCUCUACGCCAGGCGAUUCCAGUUCUUCAACCCGAUGCAGACACAGAUCUUCCACACGCUGUACCACACCGCCGCCAACGUCCUGCUGGGAUCACCAACCGGUUCCGGCAAGACGGUCGCGGCUGAGCUGGCCAUGUGGUGGGCGUUCCGGGAGCGCCCCAAGUCCAAGGUUGUCUACAUUGCGCCCAUGAAGGCCCUCGUCCGCGAGCGGGUCAAGGACUGGGGUCAGAGACUGGCCGGACCCCUCGGUCUGAAGCUUGUCGAGCUUACCGGUGACAAUACACCCGACACGAGGACCAUCAAGGAUGCCGACAUCAUCAUCACCACGCCCGAGAAGUGGGACGGUAUCUCGCGUUCGUGGCAGACGAGAGGCUACGUCCGGCAGGUGAGCCUUGUCAUCAUCGACGAGAUUCAUCUGCUAGCCGGUGACCGAGGCCCUAUACUUGAGAUCAUCGUGUCGCGUAUGAACUACAUUGCUUCGUCGACCAAGAACUCCGUACGCCUGCUGGGAAUGUCCACGGCCUGCGCCAACGCGAGCGACCUGGGGAACUGGCUCGGCGUCAAGGAGGGGCUCUUCAACUUCAGGCACUCUGUGCGACCCGUACCCCUGGAGUCGUACAUUGACGGGUUCCCGGAGACGCGGGGCUUCUGCCCUCUGAUGCAGUCGAUGAACCGACCGACAUUCCUGGCCGUCAAGAACCACAGCCCCAGCAAGCCCGUCAUCGUGUUCGUACCCUCGCGUAGGCAGACACGCCUGACGGCAAAGGACCUCAUCAACUACUGCGGCAUGGAGGACAACCCGCGACGCUUCCUCCACAUGGACGAGGACGACCUGCAGCUCAACCUGGCCAGGGUCAAGGACGAUGCGCUCAAGGAGGCCAUCAACUUCGGCAUCGGGCUGCACCACGCCGGUCUCGUCGAGUCGGACCGUCAGCUGUCGGAGGAGCUCUUCCUCAACAACAAGAUCCAGAUCCUCAUCGCCACCAGCACGCUCGCGUGGGGAGUCAAUCUGCCCGCGCACCUGGUAGUGGUCAAGGGCACGCAGUUCUAUGACGCCAAGAUAGAAGGGUACAGGGACAUGGAUCUGACGGACGUCCUCCAGAUGCUGGGCCGAGCCGGCAGACCGCAGUUCGACACGUCGGGUGUGGCCCGCAUCUUCACGCAGGACUCCAAGAAGGACUUUUACAAGCACUUCCUGCACACGGGGUUCCCGGUCGAGUCGUCGCUGCACACCGUCCUCGACAACCAUCUGUGCGCCGAGGUGUCGGCCGAGACGGUGGUAACCAAGCAGGACGCGCUCGACUACCUGACGUGGACCUUCUUCUUCCGCCGGCUGCACAAGAACCCGUCGUACUACGGUCUGGAGAUCUCGGCCGAGGAUCACAGCACCAUCGUGGCGCAGCAGCAGGCCAACGAGUACAUGAUUGACAUGGUCAACAAGUCCCUGGGCGAACUGGCCGCGUCGGGCUGCGUCGAGGUAUACCCCAACGGCGACGUGGACCCGACCCCGCUCGGGAAGAUCAUGAGCUACUACUACCUGUCGCACAAGACGAUCCGACACCUGGCGAAGCACGCCAAGCCCGAGGCCACUCUGCUCGACGUGCUGUCGUGGAUGUCACGAGCGACCGAGUACGACGAGCUCCCGGUACGCCACAACGAGGACCUCAUCAACGAGACGCUGUCGGCAAGCCUGCCGCUCCCGGCCCAUUCCUUCGGCCUACCCAUGUGGGAUCCUCACGUGAAGGCCUUCCUCCUCCUGCAGGCGCACAUGUCGCGCAUCGAACUCCCGAUCACCGACUACGUGGGCGAUCAGACUAGUGUGCUCGACCAGGCAAUCCGUAUCGUACAGGCGUCUAUCGACGUCCUCACCGAGAUGGGAUACCUGUCCAGCUGCCUGCGCAUGAUCAGUCUCCUCCAGUCCAUCAAGUCAGCCCGGUGGCCUACGGACCCUCCGGCCUCCAUCCUCCCCGGCGUCGAUGCGGAGUCCAAUCCGGGCACGGAUGGCACCGCGACGAGUCUCAAGGCCAUCAGCGCCAUGUCCCCGGCGCAGAUCAGCUGGCUGGCCAAGAGCCUGGGAGUCCCCUCAUCGCAGAUUAGUCGGUUCACCCGCGCCGCAUCUAUCCUGCCGAACCUAAAGGUCUCCAUCGAUGACAGGACGACCACGUCCCUCACCGUCGGCCUACGGCGUUGCAAUCCGCUAAUCGAGCGAGAAGCACGCAUGUACACGCCCAAGUUCCCCAAACCCCAGAAUGAGGGAUGGUUUGUGCUCGUGGCCGACGCCGGCAAGGAUGAGAUCAUUGCCGUCAAGCGCGCCAUGUGGUCAACUGGUCCUGGCAACAACAGCGAGGCAAGGAAGAAGCUACAGCCUGGGGCUAGGCCGUCGGCCAGAGCUGUGAUCAAACUCCCCGAUCUGGAGGGAAGGAAGGUGGAUGUCAUCGUUGUCAGCGAUGGGUAUGUCGGACUCGAGUACCGGAUCGAGGGCGUCGAGAUACCGGCCGCGCCGACGGUGGAUGAUGAUGUAGAUAAGAAGGCCAAGCAAUGA